UCACGAACCUUCGUUUGUGCUCUCAGCUCCCAUUUCUCAUUAACGCAGCUCUGUUCUCUCAUCUCAAACCCACACAACACCGUGACACCGUCGCUCCUGCAAGGUUGCCGCGCCGCACCGUCAUCUGACGGUGGAACCUGUCUCAAUCUGGCAUCCUUACCGUCGCCGUCACGGAGGCUGCUGGAACAGCGACCAACGGCCUCCCUUUCUGAACGGCGAGGUAAUCUACUGUCUGUUUGAGGUGUUAAAUAGCAUGUGGGUGUCUAUUGAUCAUUUUCCUUAGUGAAAUUACCAUUCAGUCCUUGAACUUUCCCCUGACUGCUUCAUUCAUUCUCCAGUCCUCCUCCCAAAAUCCAGGAAUCGCUCCCUACCUUCUGCAUCUGUGCUCACACGAUGUCUAAGAACAAGCUCUGCACACCCCUUUCAACCCUUCUGAGACGCACUUUAACUUCAUUUCCCCAACACUUCACUUCCAAUUUCUCUCAGAUCAAACUCUCUCUUCAUGACUCAUCACUACCGUUUGCACCCCCUUCUCAUAACCCCACCUGCGAUUACUAUUAUUCUCUCGGAUUUUUCAGGAAAAGCCUAUGCUCAAAAUCUGCUGAGGAAAUCCAACGUGGAUGUUGGAAUUGCCACACUGUCCCUCAUUCGGAACCUUUCCUUGUUUGUGAGUCAUGUCGGUGCAUUCAGCCUGUGGAUAGCUCCGUUGACUAUUUUGACAUAUUUGGGGUGGAGAGGAAGUAUGACAUAGAGGGUGAGAAUUUGGAGGGCAAGUACAAAGAUUGGCAAAAGAAACUGCAUCCUGAUUUAGUACAUUCAAAAUCUCAGAAAGAAAGAGAUUUUGCUGCUGAACAAUCUGCAAGGGUCAUUGAUGCAUACCGUACUCUUAGCAAGCCUUUGUCAAGAGGAAUUUACUUGCUAAAGCUUUAUGGAGAAGAAGUUGAUGAAGAACAGACAAUUUCAGAUUCAGAAUUACUUGCAGAGAUUCUGGAAAUCAGGGAAGCAGUUGAAGAAGCAACUAACUCUGAGACUUUGAAUCACAUUCUCUCUGAGAUGCAGGAGAAGCUACAUAAUUGGUCCAAUGCCUUUGGUCAUGCUUUUCAAAGCCAAAACUUUGAAGAAGCAAAAAUGGCAAUUAGGAGAAUGACUUACUAUAGUCGUGUAAUUGAUGAAGUUGUAAAGAAGCUUUGAUAUAGGUUAAAAUCACCAUUUGACAGUAUGAAGAAUUUGACUCACUUAUACCAAUGAAGUGGCCUAUCCGUAAAUCACCAUUUGAUUUAAUCAUGUCUCAAUGGACCUUAUUGCUUCUCUAUGUACAAGAUGGAGUUCACAUUUUGCCACAUCGUGAGGCACAUCCUAAGCAUGCACCCUUUCAGCUCCGCUGCAUGCUACUAAGCAACACUUGUGUAUUCCUGAAUAUUGUUAUUACUUACUAUUUUCCUAACAUAAGAGUGGAGAUGACCUUGGAAAUUUUGCUACACUUGUAUUAUUUGAUAUACAAUAAAGGUGUAUCAUAGCAAUGCAUCCAUUGCGGUUAGGCAAUAUGAUGUUUAUAAACUAGAUGCUAAAUAGUAUUGUAUUAAAUUAGAGAAAAAAAAUUAUGUAGUGACAAUGAAAAAUAAAAUAAUUUUAUAUUGUC